CUCAAAACCUCACAGCAUUCACAAGCAAUAACAACAGAGCUCCCUUGCUAUCAAUCCAAAAAAAAAACAAAUGAGUUCCUCAAAGAAGAUCACUCUCGUUGUCAUUCUUGUUUCGAUUUAUAUGUUUUCAUGUGUUUCAAGCACUGAGUUUGAAGUCGGAGGAGAAGAUGGUUGGAUGGUACCACAAUCUAAGACUCACGGAGAUAUGUUUAACCAUUGGGCUUCACACAACCGGUUUAAAGUUGGCGACACUGUCCGUUUCAACUACACGAAAGACUCAGUGUUAGUGGUGUCAGAAGAAGAGUAUAAGAAAUGCAAGGCGACUAAACCUCAACUCUAUUCAAACAACGAAGACGCGGUUUUUAAACUAGACCGUCCUGGUUUGUUUUACUUCAUUAGUGGUAUCUCCGGCCACUGUGAAAAGGGUCAGAAGAUGAUCAUUAAAGUCAUGGAGACUGAGUCUUCACCAGACUCGCCUCCUCCUUCCUCUUCUUCCCCGUCUUCAUCUUCAUCUCUCCCGACUUCAACUCACAAGAAGAGCAGUGCGUUUAAAACCUCAGUCCAGUGCAGCAGUUCUGGCUUUCUUGCCAUUGCAGUUCUUGUUGUUUCGAUUUUUGGUUUGGCUUAGUCACGGUCGAGCAUUUUAUUCUCCUUAAAGGUUUCAUUCAUCAUUAGGCUGCAUCGUUCUUACUUCUUGAAUUGUGACUUUCCAAAUAAAUACAUUGACCGGUCUCGGUUUCAAUCAA